AUGCAUAUUUUCCCCCAGGGCGGGCGACCUGGCCGUCGCGACGGUGAUAGUGGCGUGGCUCUCCGUAGCCCUCUACUAGAGGAGUUCCGGGCCAAUAAGUCCCGGAAAUGGGAACUGAGGGACAUUGCCGGUCACAUCGUCGAAUUCAGUGGUGAUCAGCAUGGAUCUCGCUUCAUCCAACAGAAGCUAGAGACUGCCACAAGCGAGGAGAAGCAGAGUAUAUUUGACGAGAUCGUCCCUAAUAAUGCCCUGCAGCUCAUUCAGGACGUAUUUGGCAACUACGUAAUCCAGAAGCUCUUCGAACAUGGGACGCAAGUGCAGAAGACUCUUCUUGCGAAUACCAUGGAAGGUCAUAUUCUGCCGCUUUCGCUGCAAAUGUACGGCUGUCGCGUUGUACAAAAGGCCGUAGAAUAUGUGUUGCCAGAGCAGCAGGGAGCUUUCGUGAAAGAGCUCGAGCCUCACGUCUUACGGUGUGUGAAGGAUGCUAAUGGUAACCAUGUCGUACAAAAGCUUAUCGAGCGGGUCGCGCCUGAGCGUUUGGGCUUUGUAAAUUCAUUCAAGGGCAACGUCUUCGAGCUCGCGACGCAUCCGUACGGUUGUCGCGUACUUCAGAGAUGUUUAGAGCAUCUACCUGAUGAGCACACGCGACCGCUCCUUGACGAACUGCACAAAUACACGAUCAAUCUCAUGCAGGAUCAGUUUGGCAAUUAUGUCGUUCAAUUUGUGCUAGAGCACGGAAAGCCGCAGGAUCGAGACCUGAUCAUCUCGAGGCUCCGGGGACAGAUGCUGAACAUGGCGAGGCAUAAGUUCGCGUCAAACGUGUGCGAGAAGGCCCUGGUGACCGCGGAUCCGGAGAGUCGACGACUGCUGAUCGAUGAAAUCAUGACCCCGAAACAGGACGGUGUCAGUCCUCUCGUGACCAUGAUGAAGGAUCAAUUUGCCAACUAUGUGCUCCAGCGCGCGCUAACUGUCGUAGAGGGUGAGCAGAAGGACAUCCUCGUUGGCAAGAUGCGGCCUCAGUUAGCCAGCAUGCGCCGGUACUCCAGCGCAUACAGCAAACACCUUCUUUCUAUUGAGCGUCUCCUGGAGCGCGUAGCGCCUUCUGGGAAGACGGCCGCUGGUCACUUUGCGCCCGACCCCGCCGCCGUCCCCUCUGAAUCGACACUAAUAAACGACGCUACGUAUCAAUAGUUGCGGCGUUCAUUCUUCCUAUCUGCAUUUGUUUCGGCUCUGUCUCCUUGGCAUACUAAACUAGCACCGAUUGUCAAUGCAUUUCACGGACAUCCCGCGCAUCAUGAACUCUGGUACUGGUCCUACUUACAUACACAUAAUUAUCUGACGCUCCUUCGGUCGUACAUAUUGCUCUCGUUUCAGGAUGUUCAUUUUCUAUGCUUUGCAUUCAUCGUACCGUACAGGAUUGCUUUAGUUACCCUUGCUUGCUCCCAUACCAGUGGUCGUCGUCUCGAUUGUCUAUUCAUACAGCAAUGAUUAACUCAUGAAUUUAUCAACCAUUAGACUCGCUUCGAUACGUUGAGAGCAGUAUUAUAAUAUAUGCCG